UCGUAAAUUAUGUUGUGACUUCGUGUGUAUGGCAUAGUGCAUUGUAAUAUGUGAAUAUUUUGUGAAAAGGUGGGCCAUAACCAGCUCUGAAGGAUUUUAAAGCUAUUAAAGAACAUGGCUUUAGUUACUGUCCAGAGGUCACCGUGCGGGGCAAACUCGAAUUCUAGCUCUUACAGUCCAUCCACAGAUGACAUUGAUGGGUCCAGUAACAAAGAAGAUGAUGAGAAAGCACAAGUCGCAGAAGGUAUCAGUGAAUGCUACUUUGCUGUGAAAGGUGCUGCUCUCGUCUUGCCUCAUGAUGAAUGUUUGCAUGUCCACCGAAGUACUAUUGCAAAUGGAGCCUGUGAUAUUCAACAACAUUUGCAAGCUAUGCUCUACUUACUACAUGCAGAUGACAUUUUGAAAAUGGCAGUGAAAUUGGAAAGCAUUCAUGGUGGCCGUACACGAUACCUUGUAGUAGUUUCUCAUACCGGAAGACUGCAAACAGAAGAAAGUUGUCUUCUUGGAAUCGAUUGUAACAAAGAAACUACAAUAGGGCUGGUUCUUCCUGUUUGGGCUGAUACUCGCAUCACAUUGGAUGGAGAUGGUGGAUUCAGCGUCACAUCUAGUGGUCGACACCACAUAUUCAAGCCAGUCUCUGUGCAAGCUAUGUGGUCUGCGCUGCAAACUCUGCAUAAAGCCAGUUCAAAGGCGAGGGAGUACAACUAUUUCAAAUGUGGUGGAACGCAUCACUGGGUUGAUUACUAUGAAAAGCGAAUCGAAUCCGAUCGAUCAUGCCUCAACGAAUGGCAUGCUAUGGAUGAUAUUGAGUCUCGGAGGCCACCUUCACCUGACACAGUUCGUCUGCAGCCUACAGAACGGGAAGAAACAGAGCGACACAUCAGAAUGAAACUGAAAGAAUUAAUGAUGUCUGUGGACUUGGAUGAAGUUACUAGUAAAUAUAUUCGCACACGGCUUGAAGAAAUACUGGACAUAGAUCUUAAAGAAUACAAAUCAUUCAUUGAUCAAGAGAUGUUAACCAUUCUUGGGCAAAUGGAUGCACCCACUGAGAUAUUUCAGUACUUAUAUCUGGGAUCAGAAUGGAACGCAUCUAAUUUAGAAGAGUUGGUCAUUAAUGGGAUUGGUCAUAUACUAAAUGUGACUCGUGAAAUUGAUAACUUUUUCCCUGGCAUGUUUGAUUAUCAGAAUAUUCGAGUGUAUGAUGAUGAGUCGACAGAAAUUUUGCAUUAUUGGGACAGAACAUAUCGUUAUAUAAGAAGAGCGAAGGAUGAAGGUUCAAAAGUUCUAGUACAUUGUAAAAUGGGAAUAAGUCGUUCAGCGUCUGUAGUUAUUGCAUAUGUUAUGAAGGCAUAUGAUUGGAAUCUACAAAGAGCGCUGGAGUUUGUGAAAACAAAACGUGGCUGCAUUAAACCCAAUUCUGGUUUUUUGAAGCAACUAGAAAUUUACCAAGGAAUAUUAGAUGCCAGUAAACAACGCCAUAACAGUUUAUGGCGCUCUAAAUCGGAAACAAAUCUCAAGUCUUCCUCUAAGCCAAAGAAGAAGUUGGAUGACAAGAAAUCUAAGAUGCGCGAGAAAAGUGAAUCUCUUCAUCAUUUACGAGCAUGUAAUCCAAUCCCCACACGUCCAAAGUCAUGGUCACCAAAUGAUGUCGUCGCAGACAUCUUGUUCCCACCACAAAGUAGCCUAACACCUGAUCUGUGUGGUUCUAAAAAGAUUUCUAGGAUUGGACAAGAAAAAAGCUCAAAAUGUUCUUUGAACUUGUCGGACAACAUAUCCGUUUCAGCAUUGAGUAGUGAUUUAUUACAUUGCAGACCUAAAAAUUAUUCUGAAAGUAGUAAAAGCACAGAAAUUCUGAAUGUUGACAGUACGAUUCCCCGCGUUUCAUCAAUUAAAGAUAGAAUAAAUGAGCUUGAACUGCAAGUUAUUUCAACUAGUGAUAAGUUAACAAAAAGUGAAGUGAAAUCUCCAACAUCUCAGAAUCGUUCCGGAUUUGUAUUCAAUCUAGCCAACCAGUUCGAAUCGGGUUCUAAACCAUCUUCUCCGGUCGAUGAAGGAUUGGUCAUGAAACAGCUACCCGACGACGAAAUUGUGGAACCAGUGUUGUCGCAAACGAAGCUUCCCGCAUGUAAACAUCAUGCCGUUUUAGUAAAACCCUCUUUGUGGCCAGAUGAGAGCGUAUCUUCUGAUCCUUUGCAUUUUAACGAACCUAAAGCUUCUGUUCAUCCUAUCAGUAGUAGUACUUUUGAGAGUAAGAAUAAAAUUUCUUUUGCUGACUCUAGUUUGAGUAAAAAACUGUCAGCAGAACCCUGUGAUAUCCAAUCAGCACAAAGACUACAACCUAGUGAAGGAUCUCAGAACUUGUUUAAAACUAGUCAAUCUGCCUUCAAGCCGUUCGAUGCGUGCACGAGUCCUCCAAAAGGGUCACUCAAUGAAAAAGUAUCAAAUCAGCCCAGUACAUUUAGUUGUUGCCAAAAUACUCGUUUCCCAAAUUUAGAAAGGAAAAUGAUCGAUAAAAGUUCUGUUCUAAAUUUGGAAAAAAGUUCUAAGUAUUCAAAUAUUAAAGAAACCAACCAAAUCAUGGAAGCAAUUCCUUUCGUUAAAAGUACUGUGAGGAACCAGGAGGGAACAUCAUUUGUACAAAAUACUAAGCCUCCUAUAAGAGCACCUAUUAUUGGAUGUACGAGCAAGAACGACACAUUCAACAUACAACCUAAAAGUAAUCAUUUCUAUGAUAAGGAAGACAUACCUUUCACCCCUGGCAAAGUAAUGCGUACUAAGCAAAAAAUAGAAGAAAAGAAUUUAACCCGAACGACGUCUUUCGACAGUGGAUUCCCGCUUCAAACGAGCUCCGUGCCGUCCACACCGCCAGAAUCGGAACUCGGAAUCGGAAAGCUGAUUCGCCGCUCACACAGCCUGCGGAAUGACUGCAGACCGUCUGUGCCGUUCUGCGGGAAGUGGUACCCGCUCCCUGCGCUCGCUUCCACGAUACCUCAGUCUUUCAAAACCUUGACGGAACAUCGCUUCAAUCCACAAGACAACAGUAUGGUGUUGAGCGUUAGCACGCCAUCUGUAGUGGAAGCAGUCAACAAGGUCAUCUGUGGGACGCAGGAAAUUUUAACCAGUGCCAUUCAUUUCAUGCCAUCUGAAAAGGUGUCUUCCAGUUCUGACUCCGAUUUCGAUUUCGGUAGUGCCAGUUCUCUGCCCGAUAUCGGUACAAAGGAAAUCGCUUACGCUAGCAAGAUUCCUCCGACGCAAAGCGAAAGUCCCGUACCCGGUCUCGUCAGACAGCAACGGGAAAUCUUGGAAAACAAGGUGAUAAAAACUAUCACCGAGAAGUGUAACACAGAGUCCACUAAGUUAAGAAAAGAGGCAUCAAAAAUAAUGUCUUCUGAACAAGAAGGUAAUCUAGUCCCUUCGGAUGCAUCCAAGCAAGAAGAUAUCAAAGAAAGUGGCAUCGUUAAACGGCUCAAAAAAGAACUCGAGGCAAAAUCAAGUUCAGAAUGUGUUAAAAGGGAUAAAACCACAGAGUUUGAGGAUUUAGAUCUUCCCGAGUCUAAAUCUUUGACCAGUGUUUUACCGACCGUCGAUAGAAAAAUAAGUCACCUGAACUGUGAGGCUACUUCAGAAAAUAUAGCUUCCCUAGUACAUCCUUUGUCUUCCUCUCUAGAAAACAAAACAACAUUUGACCAGCAAAAAGCACCACCCACGCCGCAUCGGAAAACCAGUUUAGAUUUUACUCUUUUGCAAAGGAAACUUCCUCUUAGUAUCAAAUUUGGUACACCUCCUACUAUACCACCUAUCAAACCUAAUAGUAGGACUAAUAAACUGGAAUGCAAACGUUCAUACGAAGCACCAAUUACUGAAUGUGAAUGUUCCUUGCUGAAAUUGCCUGCCAAAACACACACAUGUAUUUCAGAAAUCCCCCCACCACCUCCUUUACCGAUCGGAUUGCCAAAAAAAGUGCGCAAACAGCAGGGCAGCACACAUCCAUUAAGUAAAUUGAUCAGGCAAAGGCAUCCUAACCCCCUAUACAAUACAAUGUAAA